AUGUCGUCCUCAUACUCAACCUGGUUCCGAAAGGGCGUCGACCCUGGAACUAUUAUCGCUCUUGAUCACCCCCGCCCUUCCCAGUGGAAGAUCCUCGAGAAGCUGAACGAGUAUAACUCUCAGGUCCACAAGGGGGAACACGAUGCCUCCGGUUGCCGUUCUUUCGCCUCCGCUAAACUCCUAUGCUGCUCUUUCGACCGAGUCUUGCCACUGGACGAGACAACCGUCGAUGCGAUUGGUAGCGACAUGAUGAAGUUGUGGAAGGUUUGA